AUGAAGCAUACAAGAGAAAUUCAGCCAAGUAGUAAGUCAAUUAAGACAGAACAAGUAUCAAAUAGUUUACAGAAACGUGUGGCUCAUUAUAAAAACAUAUGCAAGAAAUUAGGAGUUUUGCCUGUGAGGAAGGUGUUCUCACAGUUCGGAAGUGUAGAUUUAUCCUUUAAAAACAUAACUCUGACACCUAAAGAUGUCAUGGCACUUUGCUUAGCGUUAAAAGAGGAAGAGCAAGCAGCUAGUCUCGACCUGACUGGUAUCUGUGUCAACCAGAACAGCAUUGAUCAAAUCUUACACUUAUUGGACUGGCUGCCUGGAAUCUAUCAAGUGGGCCUAGGGUUCAACAAUCUGAGCGGCUCUGCGGUGAUCACUUUGAGUCGUUACCUCACAGAAGACAACUGUAUAUCUAGACUGGAUCUGACAGGUAACCGACUCAAUGAUCGUGACGCAUUAACAGUUGGAGAGCUGCUGAAAGUAAGUGUCCGUCGCAAGUUUAAAUGCUAUUCCCUUAGCCAGUGUGUCCCAAAUUGUGCGAAGUGUUCCGUUAAGGAAAACAAUUGGGAAACACUGCCCCAAGCCAAGAAUAAAACAUUAGAGGUCCUUGACCUUAGCUGGAACCACAUCAGACGAUAUGGAGCCAUAGGCGUGGCUCGUGGUUUACAGCGGAACACUUCGAUCUGUACGGUCAACUUGUCCUGGAAUGGAUUUGGUUUCGAAGGCUCCGUGGCAGUGGGAGACAUGCUCUCAGAGAACACGACCAUCACGGAGCUGGACCUGGGCUGUAACAGGAUUGGUCCACCGGCCCUGCUGGAGGUGCUGCGUGGUGUGGCCAGGAACAGAACAUUGCACAUAUUGAAGAUCGGUUUUAACCCCAUCACUGCUGGUUUCACGAGCAUUAUACUCUCGGUCAUUAGGAAGAAUAAUCACAUUGGACUUCAGAAUGUUGAUCUACAGGGAGUUGUUGUGGACAAAGAGUUCGUGGUGCUGCUGCAAGAGAUUCAAAAAGACAGAUUCUUCAUAGUCCAGUACGAGCUGUCAUUACCAGUGAAGAAGUUGACCACCGAGGAGAUGAGAGAGAUGGUGGGCCUGCCAUGCGCUUACAACGUGGACCCACUCAAGUUGUUGUACUUGUUAAAAGAAAAAAUGAGAGCCGCAGACUUUUUCUACAAGAUCAACAAAGAUAAAGAUGAUGGUCUACAGAAGAAUGAGCUGUACAACCUGUUUGAAGAAGCAGGUCUGCCCGUCACGAGCAGCGUGUUGGAUAAAAUUAUGGAGUUUAUGGACACCAAUGAAGACGGAAUCAUUGAUCUGAAAGAAUUUCUACUCGGCGACAAGAGAAUCAAGAAUAUCUCCAGAAAGCAGGUCAGGGUUGAACAAGAGCGGAGAGCUAAAGAUAUUGACUACAAUAAGUACUCACGUACGUUCCAGAAGGCUCACAUUGAUCCUAUCACCAGUACUCUGAAGAUUGAUCCUAGCACAUCCCCCAUGAGACAGUCAAGGCGCAAGUCAUCCACGGACAAAACAGUAUCAGAUACUCUCAACGAGGAAUUCAAUCUUAAUUUGCCCUAAACACUAAAGAUACAACUCUAUAGACCGUUAUAUUCAUUUUAAAAAUCUUUCAUUUGAUAUUU